AAUACAUGUAAUUUUUUGUUUUUGUACUCCUGCUAUCACCUUAUAUUAAUUCGCCUUGUUUUUGCGCUUCUAGCUCUUUUCUUACGUAUGUAUGCAUGUAGGCGAAACGAGUUUGAAAUCACUCAAUCCAAUUUGAAGUUGCCCUUUCGUUGUGUCGUGCUAAGCAAAAAGGAAGCCAAUUGCUAUUGAACGUUUGAGUGUGUCAGUUGUUUGAAGGAUUGUUGCUGAAAAAUAAAGAAUUGUAUUGUUGCUGCCAAAUAAAUUGGUUAAAUAAAUUGUUCCCCGCAAUAAACCCUCCUUGUGUUUUCAUCAGGUGUGGGGUCGGAACAUGACCCGACUAAAUAAGAGUGAACUGCAAAACGCUUUAGAAAUAGCAGGAAUUACGUACCCUGCUACUUCUACUGUGUCUCAAUUGCGUGCCCUGUUAGAUGGUGGACGGAUGGAGAAUAGCUUUGAGAAUGACUCUGGUGUUGCUGCUGCCGCCGGCGGUGAAUCUAAUGUUAGAGAAUUGAAUGCUGAUGAAAUUAGUGAAAACGAAAAUUUGGACGCACAAAUAGCUAUGCUUGAGAAACGGAAGAAAAUGUUAUUAUUGCAAAAAGAGUUGCAAGCAUUAGAAUUAGAAGCGCCUAGUGCACGUCAGCGCAUCUCCGUUAUGGAUAUUGACGGGAUAGUACCAAAAUUUUCUGGAGAUAACGCUUAUCCAAUUGAAAAGUGGAUCAACGGCUUUGAUUAUGCCGUGAAGGUCGGUUAUAAAGAUGACCAUUUCAAGUAUAUGUGCAUGCGUCGCCUGCUGUCGGGUACAGCCGUCAUUUUCCUGCGCACAUCGUCUGCUGAAUUGAAAGUAGCACUUUUGAAGCAGUAUAAACGCAACAUAUCGACUAAUGACGUAUACAAGGAGUUAUACCGACGCAGGCGUUUGCCUAACGAGGGCAUUAUUUGCUACAUGUUGUCAAUGAAGGAGAUUUCAGCACAGGCCAGUUUAGUCGAACACGAAGUAAUUAGUGCAGUAAUUGAGGGACUGCGAUACAACACUGCGUAUACCUCAAUAUUGUAUACCGCCAAGAAUUUGGAUGAACUUCGGGAGCUGUUUAUAAGAUAUGAGGAAAAUCGAACGAGUGACAGUGCAACACGUAAUAUACAACAGCGUGCAGAAGGUGGGACCAAAUCAGAAUCUAAUGUGAUAUGCUUCCAUUGCUCGCAAAUUGGGCAUCUUUCGAAACAAUGCAAGCAACCAAAGCGCGCCAAAGGAUCAUGCUUCCGCUGUGGGAGCAAAGACCAUCUACUGAAUCAGUGCAACCAACCAUCAACGAAGACGACCGUAAAUGCUGUGGCUGAGGAGCCAACCGAUCCGGAUGUGUACAAUGUUGAGCCUUAUCAGACUUGGUAGUCCUGCCAGCUUUGUUAGCAAGACGCUUUUGGCUUUUGAUAUAACUGACGAUGGCCCAGUUCUAUCUGAUUUUUAUAGCUUGGGUGGCACUAAACUCAAAACCUUUGGUAAAAUUGAUUGUGAGAUUUUGCUGAAUGGCAAAUCUAAAACGCUUUCGUUAUUCAUAGUAUCAGAUGGCCUCUUUUCUAAGCCACUGC